CCAACAAAUAGAAUAGCAAAAGAUAUCAAAACGGUACACUUGGGCAGAAAGGAGGGUCUAGAGUGAAAGAGAACCCCAAAGGCAGCGAGCACCUGAGAUUUUCAGCAUCUUGCUCAGUUCACAGCUGAGAUUCUCUUUUAUAAAGUGAGUAAUUUCUUUCAUUUCAGCACAGCUUAAUAUGUUUAAUUUUCUCUAUAAAGCUAUUAUCCAUGGAACUAGUUGUACCAUUAGAGGCAGAGUCCCUCAGAACUUGUAUACUUUAGAAACCCACGUAGCAUUAUUAGUUAGAUGCAUUUCAAUUUCAAGCACUUCAAAUUCAUUCACACUCUCAUACCUCAUAAAAUCAUGUGGGUUCUCAUUGGAAGCUGCUGUUUCAGCCUCUAAAUAUGUUAAUUUCGAAAACCCAGAUAAAGCAGACUUAGUCGUUAGCUUUUUCAAGAAACAUGGUUUCUCACAAUCUCAAAUCUCAAAAAUCAUCACUGGACACCCUCCAGUUCUGGUAUCUGAUCCUCACAAGACCCUAUUGCCCAAAUUGCUGUUUUUUCAAUCCAAAGGCUUUACAAGCUCUGACAUUGCUACAGUCUUGUGUGGACAACCACAAAUAUUGAAACGGAGCUUGAAAAACCACAUAAUCCCUUCUUUUGAUUUCCUUACGAAUUGGCUUGGAACUGUUCAGAACAGUAGCAUAGCUAUUAAACGUUGUCCGGCUAUUUUAAUCACGAAACUUGAUACUUGUGUGGUUCAUAAUGUCAAUCUUCUGCGAGAAAAUGGAGUUCCUGAAUCGAAUAUAUGGGCCUUACUUAAACAGAAUCCUAGAGUUAUUGUGUCAUAUCGAUUGAAAGAAAUUUUAGAGAAAGUAAAGGAAAUAGGAUUCAAUCCUUUGAAGUUUCGUUUCGUUCAUGCUGUUUAUGCAAUGGUGGGAGUGAAUAAAUCCAAAUGGGAGAGGAAGAUAAAAGCUUAUAAGAGGUGGGGUUUGUCUGAGGAAGAGAUUCUCUUAGCAUUUAGAACGAGCCCCCACUGUAUUCUAGCAUCUGAGGAUAAGAUCACGCGGAUAAUGGAUUUUUUAGUCAACAAGAUGGGUUUGGAGGCUUCCCUUAUUGUCAAACGCCCAGAACUCGUUUCUAAUAGCUUGGAAAAGCGACUUAUUCCUAGGGCUUCGGUCAUUGAAGUUUUGCUAUCAAAAGGUUUGGUGGUGAAGAAGAAUAUAUACUUUCCUACAAUUUUUCAGUCUUCAGAGAAGUCAUUCCUGCAGAAGUUCGUGACACCAUAUAGGGAGGAAGUGUCUGACCUGUUGAAGCUAUACAGGGAAAAAUUGGAUCUUUCAAAAAUGACUACAAAACAAAAUAAGUAUCGGUCAAGGAGCGGGAUGAAAUAAUUAUAGGCUAUAUAGCUCACAUUAUGAAUCAAUUUUCCCUUGUUUUGAGUUACUUUAUCCGAUAGAAUCCAUUGAUAUUAAUCCUUGGGUAACAGACUUCUGUUCUUGCCUUCUGCAAAGAAUAUGUCCAUGCUUGUGGUUGAAUCUAAUCCAUGGAUUCU